CAAAACUCAACAACCGCUCCCGCCUGUAAAACCUGCCUGCACUGCAGGAACUGCCUGCAGAAGCGAGUCCAGAAACUGCGCCGCCUUAAUUUCCAUCCUCGCUCGCUCACUCACUCACUCACCCACUCGCUCACCCUUACCCACCUCGCUGACUUACUCGACGCAGCUGAGGCAGAGCAGGCUGCUCGAUUCAAUUCAAUUCAGUUCAGUUCAGCCCAGCCCAGCCCAGCCUGACCAGACCAGAGACCAGACAAGGCCAGCCCAGUCGUGUCCUGUCGAGUCCUGCACAAGUCGACCUCUCAUUUUCACAUUUCCCAUCCAUUCUCGUGAGAUGCAUUGCUGCUCCCGUCGCAAUCCCAGCCGAGCUGUGAGGGUCCUGAACUUGUAUCUGCUGUGAUACGCAACACACGCAACACGCACACGCUGCAUUGGCCUCGCACAAGCACAGCGCGCGCCUCUCAGCUGUCAGCUGUCAACAUUCCAUCAGUCUGUGGAUUAUACCACAGCCCUCCUCACAUCUUCUGUCGUAAAACCGUGGCCGCAUCCACGGUCGCAACGCAAGUGGCCCAGCUGAUCCAACCCACCACAAUAUCCGCACCGCAGCAGGUCGGGCCAAACACUCGCCUCGAUUGAAGCUUGCUGCUUCCACCAGCCGCGCUACAAGGCCAUCGGCCCACUCCUGCGCCGUACCUCACCACUCGCUUGUUCCUCUGCUUUCACCUCGGUCUUCUAGUCAGUCGCCGCCCGCCAUGGACCCCGGCUACCUUUCCCAGCAGGUCAACACCAUUAUUGGCCAAUUGCACGGCCUGUUUGACGAGAUCGGCGUCCCCAGCCAUGACCGUGAAUCCAGAGAGGCAGAGCUGUUCGCAGCCCUGUCAGAGGCCCUGAACAACCAGGUGCGCCUCGUGACCCAGGAGAAGAAACAGAUCAUCUCUGAGGCCCAGGACAUGAUCACAACCAUACGCCAGAUGGAAGCCUCCAUGGAGGAUCCUAGGCGUCGCGGCUCCUCCCACAGCCACGAUGACGGCUUGGAGAUUUCCUACCCCUUGAACAGGUGCCUACAGGCUUUGAAGGACAAACAUGCCCAGGUUAGCAGGGCCCAUAAGGAACGCUUCGCCCAGGUAAAGAAGCUGGUGCUGGCACUCGAAUCCUACUCGUCACAUCUCGAGCCGAGCUUUGUCAAGCUUGCCCUCCCGCCCACCGGGCCAAACCAGUCUAUCCCGCCCACUUUCGACCUGUCACCCUCGUAUGUCGAUAAGCUCGACAACGAGUUCACCAGGGUCUAUGAGGAGUACACGAGGCGCAUCUCAACCGUCCAGUCCCUGUCAGAGAACAUCAUCCAGCUGUGGGCAGAGCUUGGCACCCCCCAAGCCCAGACCGACGGCGCCAUCGUAAAGUACUACCGCGACGCCCCUGAACAGCUUGGCCUCCACGAGGAGGAUAUUGCGCGACUUCGUGCCAGGCUGGACAAGCUUGACAGUGAGAAGAAGAACCGCGAGAAGCGCCUGCGCGACCUGAAGGAUGCCGUCGAGGCUCUGUGGGAAAAGCUCGGCGUCGACGAGGCGGAGCGCAAGGCCUUCCUGAACGCCAACCGUGGCUGUGGUAUCCGGCAGAUAAAUGAGUUUGACGAUGAGCUUGCCCGCCUGAACGAGCUGAAGCGACAGAACCUCCACCUCUUUGUCGAGGAUGCGCGCCAAAAGCUCCAGGAGCUCUGGGACGCCCUGUACAUGUCCGAGGACGAGAUGCUCGAGUUCACCCCAGCCUUCUCUGACGUGUACAGCGAUGCGCUUCUUGAGGCCCACGAGAGCGAGAUUGCGAGGCUGGACGCCCUGAAGGAACAACGGGCCCCGAUGCUGGCUCUUAUGGAGAGACACCGCACCCUGGUUGCAGAACGGGAUGAGCUAGCCGCCGCAAGCCAGGACGCCUCGCGGCUGAUGAUGAAGCCACAGAAGGGCGAGAAGCGGGACCCCGGGAAGCUGCUGCGUGAGGAGAAGAUGAGAAAGAGGAUCGCCAAGGAGCUGCCAAAGGUAACGGCUGACCUGCGAAAGGCUCUGGAGCAAUGGGAAGACGAGUGGGGGCGGCCGUUCUACGUCCACGGCGAGCGAUACCUGGACACCAUCGAAAACGACAGCUCCAACAGGGCAACCCCAGGGCCCCGGUCGAGGACCCCAGCAAACACGUCGAUGCCAUCGAAAUCGAACAGCGUGACCAGGUCGGCGCCGCCUGUCAGCAGAUCAAAUAGUGCCGUUAGCAACAGCCGCUCGCAGGCACCUAGCCGGGCUGGGGCGAAGACGCCGACGGAAAAGUUCAAUUCUCUCCCGACCAAGUGGUCGAAGCCACUGGGCCCUCAGACCACCAUCAACACAAAAGGCAGCCCGACACGGAUCCCAGCGCGGCCGCCGCUGUCCAACCUGAAGCAUGCCAACUACUCCCCCGACAAGUCCAGGCAAGAGACCGAGAAGCCUGACCUCGUGAGGCGCGGGACGGUUCCGGUGAUGCGUGCCCCACCACCCAAGAUGAGAGAUCUCGUUGCUGUGCCAGAGACGGAAACGGAAGCACCUGUCGAUUACUACCACUCCUCUUCGGACCGGGGAUCGGGUAUCAUCCGGCACAUUGAACCCGAAGACGUGUACGACGAUCGGUCAAAGCAGGGCAGCGCAGAGUAUGAGCGUCCCAUUUCGCACCACGAUUUCCGCGACUUCCCAGGCAAGGCCUCGCUCCGCAACCAUGAUAACGGUCCCCGAUAUGAGCGAUUUGCACAGUCAUACUCUCAGGCCCCCGCAAUCCGCCAGAUCUCGAACCAAUCUAGUGACUCGAACGGGACUGUGGUGACGGGGUCUGAGAACUGGGAAACAUACGACGAUGCCUCGGAGCCAGAAGAGGACAUCCCGAUUGGACAUUAUGCAAAGAUCCGGUCCGGAAGGACGAACUACAGCAUGGAGCCCCCGAGCACGUUCAAUGCAAGCCAGGCCAAACGCCCGCGUGGGAUCCCUCCAGCGCUGCAACAGCCUCCUCAUGUGCUUGUGGACAGCGACGGCAGACGCGUCUAUUCUGGGAGCUCUGGCUGGACAGACGAGGAUGUUUUCUAGGGGGUCAAGCGUGUUCGUCGUUCGCCGUGAUCAAAAUACUCACGCGAACCGGUUUUUUUGUUUAACCAUUUUCCCUACCCGAUCGGUUCUUGACCCCACUUAUAUGGCUCUUGGGAGAGAGCAGCUCCGCAAGGUUGUUGUACAGCUUGAGAGGAUCGUCCGGCCGGCCGUGUCGUUCGCAUUUCAGUUCUUUUUGGUCUAAGGACUUUCUAUUCUCAUUUUUGGCAGAGUGCUUUAGGGGGGAGUGCUUUAACUUGAUACCCACCUCGGAGGGAUGGGUUCUCGUGGGGCAAGGUAAACGGAAAGGCAGGGUGAGGGUUGGAAUGGAAACGGAUGGAAGGACUCGUGAAAUCACAGGAUUUUGGAGUCAGGAUAAGGACGGCGUUCAAGGUUUUUGCUCUUCAGUUUCCAGCUCUGUUCAUUCUGCAGAGCACCCGAGAUGGACGGCACGGUGAGGGAGGGAGAGAGGGGGAGAGUCUGACUUGAUGGUAGCUUAGUUGCGUUGCUCUGCCACGAUCAAUGAUGACGACCGACCGACCGACUGAUUGAAUGUACGCUGUUAUGGCUAGCUGUAUCAAAAUCAACAGGAAGCAUUGGUAUUCCAGUAAA